CCCCAUUGAAUAGAAUGAGACCCUUUUCUUUUGGGGGAAGGAAGGGGAUAAGAAGGCAAUAGGGUUUUCUAUUCUCAAUUUCUCUCUCUUUUUUGUGCUUCUCAAAAUAGAAAGAGAGAGCUCUUAAACAAAAAUCUCUUCUUCUUCUCCUCCCUUUUGGGGUUGAAGAAAAGAGAAACAAAAAAAAAAAAAAAUUGAGAAAAAAACCCUCCAAUUUAUUGGAUACAUACAUAUAUUACCCCUUAUAAUUUCUUAGUUUUUUUCUUUUUCUUUCUAAUAUGGAUUCGGGUUGUGGUUAUUUGUCAAUGGUGGAUCCUUUCUUGGUUGAAGCUCUUCAAAAUCCACGUCAUCGCCUCACCAUUCUACGAAUGGAGCUCGACAUUCAGAAGUUCUUGCAAAAUUCUGAUAUGCAACAGUUUGAGUUCCCACAUUUUCCUACUUCCUACCUCCGACUUGCAGCGCACCGUGUUGCUCAACACUAUGGUUUGCAGACUAUGGUUCAGGAUAAUGUUGUGGAUGGUCAAGGAGCCAAAAUCCUGGUGACAAGAAAACCUGAAAGCAAAUAUCCUGCUGUGCGUUUAUCCGAUGUCCCACCUAAACAAUCUGAAAAUGACAAAUAUGAGAAGAUGAAAAUAGUAAUACAACCAAGGCCAAGUAACACCUCCUCAAAAGAUGGUGAAUCGGGUGCAAAACGCAGUCCAGUAAGAACUGUGGAAGAGAGAAAAGAGGAGUAUGACAGGGCACGUGCACGUAUUUUUAAUAGUCCUAUUAAUUCUGAGUCAAGAGACACAUUGGUUCGUGUUGCUUCUGACCUCAAGAACAGCAUAGAUGAGAAUGAAAGGUUACUCUUGGAUAUGGAGAAAAGCCUCAGCAGCAGGGAAGGUGGUACUUCUUCCCGAGUUGCCAUCUUUAGGGACAGGGAGAAAGAGCUUAGUGACCCUGAUUAUGACCGGAAUUAUGUUAGGUAUGUUAAGAAUGUCCCAUCUGGUCAGUGCUUUAGCGUGGCACCUUUUGAUGUGCAGAAGUUUCAGCCUCCAUAUGUGCAUUACGAUGCUGUUUUUCCUCAAAUGAGUCAGCUACCCAAUGCUCAAGCGUCACCAAACUACAGGAACCCUGUUAUUGGCCCCUAUCAUGCCAUGGGAUUUAAUCAGACCUCCAAUGAUGGAGUAUUCAUGCAGUGGCCAUCGCAAAGCAUGAUUUAUGCACAUUCAUAUGAUCAAGUUAGACAUGCUUUCUUUCAGCCUGCUUUCUGUCAGCAACCACUAAGUUUUGGUUAUUCGCAGAACCACAGUUGAUGUUCAAGAAAUGGUUACUCAGAGAAUGUCUGUACUGGGGAAUGUAAUUUUUGUUCUCUCUUAGUGUUAUCCUGGUUUAGGUUAAUUGUCAUAGACUCUAUUAAACUUGGUGCUUCAUUAGUCCCUUUUGCUUUCAUUUUUUGGAACUCAGUUCGAGUGGAAGAUUUAAGUACUGACUUUAAGUAUCUUUUGCAGUAAUAUUUCUUACUACCUA